GGUAAAAGUAGAAUAUACCUUGAUUUGUCAAACGCAAACAAACAAAACCCACCGGUCACACCCAAAACAACACAAAUCAUCAUCCGAUCAGUCACCUACACAUUUCCGAUUCCGAUCACCGUCUCCGAUCAUUAAUAAUAUUCAAUUUCCGGCGAUUCAAAUCCAGCAUCAUCUUCUGCAAACCCUAUAAACCUCUGUAAGAAUCAUUAUCUUCUUCUUCAACCUGUAACCGUUAUUCAUAACGUCAUCUACAAACCCUAUAAACCACUGAAAAUUCUCCAGUAAAUCUACACAUCAAUUCAUAUAUUCGUACUCAUUUUAUUCAAUCAAUCAGUUGUAAUUUAGUCUCCGUUUGAAUCAUCUGAUUCCAAUUUGAACAAAAACUUCAAUUAUUCAACGUGCAUCGAAACCCUAACCCUAGGGAUUCAAUUAUAGGACAUAGAUUCAUGUUAUAAUGAGGCAAUUUAAGCGAAUUCGUGAAAUUGUUGUUGCUACAUUUGCCCUAGGUUUAAUUGCCCUAAUUUACAACCAGUUUGAUGAUGUGUUGAGAAUAGUUCCGGUUGUUAAUGGUCAACGGAGGUCAAAGGGUAGGUUUAUGAGUGAAUUAGCUGUAAAUGUAAGUGAUGUAAGGGCUACGGUUAGCCCGGGGAUCUGUAGCGGAUUAGCGGAUCAUAUCGGUUAUUCGAGCAGCUGCGAGUUUUUGAAGGCGAAUCCGCAGUGUUCGUCUGAUGGACUUUUCGAUUACUUGAAGUUUUAUUAUUGUGAUUGCGGUGAGGGUGCGUUUGGUGCGAUAGUUUUGGUUAUAUGGCUCGUAGCGUUGUUUUACCUUUUGGGUAAUACUGCAGCGGAUUACUUUUGUUUGUCGCUGCAAAAGCUUUCGAGUUUGUUGAAACUGUCUCCGACUGUUGCGGGGGUUACGUUACUUCCGCUUGGUAACGGGGCACCCGAUGUUUUUGCAAGUAUUGCUUCGUUUAUGGGGAAUAACACGGGUGAAGUUGGGCUUAAUAGUGUGUUGGGUGGUGCGGUUUUCGUCACAUGUGUUGUUGUUGGGAUUGUGUCAAUUUGCGUAGCGGAUCAGCGAGUUCAGAUUGAUAAGAAGGCGUUUGUUAGAGACGUUGGGUUCUUUCUUUUCACAUUAUUGUUUCUUUUGUUGAUUCUUAUUGUUGGGAAAGUGAGUGUUGUGGCUGCUGCGGCGUUUGUGUCGAUUUAUGUGUUGUAUGCGGUUUUUGUUGCUGCUAAUGAAAUCCUUAGGAAACAUGUUCAAAGGUUUAAAGCAGUUACACCGUUGAUUCCGCUUGGUGUUAAGAUAUUUUCUCAAGAUGAUGAUUCGAUACAAAGUUCUUUACUUGAUGUUGAAAAUGAAGUUGAGGAUUAUCAAAACCGUAAUUCGUUACCUGAAUGGAUGUGGGCUUCACAUGUUGCGAUUUAUUCAAAUCAAAAGUUUCAAGAACACGAGAGACAUUUAUGGGGAUGGCAUGAUGAUGCGAUCGAAGUUGACCAACCAUGGGUCAACAUCAACUUUUGGAACUUAUGUUCGUUACUCGACUACCCUUUGACUAUUCCUCGAAGGUUAACCAUUCCUUUAGUCGAAGAGGAAACAUGGUCAAAGCCAUAUGCAGUUGCAAGUGCUUCAUUAUCACCGAUUCUUCUUGCUUUUAUAUUCAACACACAAGACGGUUUAACACCUCAAAUCAUCACAAUCGUAUACGUUUUCGGUAUUAUUGUCGGUUUUGCCCUUGGAACCCUUGCGUAUCUACACACGAUACCCGAACAUCCGCCUCGUAGAUACCUAUUCCCAUGGGUUUUAGGCGGGUUUCUCAUGAGCAUCGUUUGGUUCUACCUGAUCGCAAAUGAACUCGUCGCGUUAUUAGUAGGAUUCGGUACGUUCUUAAGAGUAAACCCCUCUAUUCUUGGGUUAACUGUAUUAGCGUGGGGGAACUCAAUGGGCGAUUUGGUAUCAAAUAUCGCAUUAGCUUUGGACGGUGGGGAUGGAAUCCAGAUCGCGUUAUCCGGAUGCUAUGCGGGCCCUAUGUUUAAUACACUCAUGGGUUUGGGGGUUUCCUUGUUGAUCGGAUCAUGGUCAGAAAAACCCGAGCCGUAUAAUGUUCCACAAGAUAACAGUCUUUAUUACACUAUGGGUUUUCUCAUAUCUGGGCUCGUGUGGGCCUUUAUUAUUCUUUCGAGAAACGACAUGCGCCCAAACAAGAUGCUGGGAAUAGGGCUUGUUGGGCUUUAUGUGGUGUUUCUUUUAGUACGGUUAACCAGUGCGAUGGGUAUGAUACCUCUAGUUGGUUUAUAGGCUGAAUGAGAUUGUACACUUGUGUGGGCGGGUUUGACCCGUGGACCAUACCAAUGAUUAGACGGGUAUGGGUUCGGGUUCUGGUGCAUAGUUUGUGUCGAUUGUAGUUAAAGUACAGAAUGGCAAUGUAAUGAUCGACCGUCCAUUGCAUAAUCUGGGUGCCUGGUUGCAGUUUAUUUUUUGAGGUAAUGUCAUAUAAUAAUACACUUUCAGUUUUGUUUUUUUUGUAGUUUUAUUCGUUGUAUUUUGCUCCGGUUCAUACUAGUCAUUAAAGUUUUAACGAGUGUUUCAGUUUGAUCA